AUGGAACAGAAAACGGAAAAGUGUAUAGAAUAUAAACCUUUGAAAAUUAGAUGUGUAAGUAGAGAGCCCUCAGUAAGUAUAAAUAAUGUACAAUCAAUUCCUUUGUUUAAUCCGGAUAAUCUUGAGAUAUGUGGAUACAGUAUUGACGAAGCUAGUGGUUGGUAUUUACACAACAAAAGCUCAUGGCUAUAUAAUGAUGAAGAUAAGGUAUAUUUCGACAGUUCUACAUCUCAAUUAUAUACUUUUGAUGAAUCAGGACUUUCUUUGGUGGAGUUAAAUACACAACAGGAUAAAUUCAUACAUGAUUAUGGAAGUGAGUGUGAUAAUUGCAAGUACAAGAAUGAAGACAAAACUAUAUCAUAUGAAUUAGACUGUGUCACUUCACCUAAGGAUGACGAAUCUGAUAUAUGCUUAGAACUUGAUAAUGAUAUAAUUGCUGGAAGUAAUAUAAGGGUUAAUAAGUUAAUAAAUGAAACAGAGUGUGAAGAUCGGUUUAUAACUAAGUUAAAGUUACCUAUUGAGGUAGUAAACUCAACAAGUGAAGCUCUAUGUUUCUGCUCUGCUGUAUUUGAUGGGCAUGCAGGCUCUAAAUGUGUAGAUUAUGUUUAUAAUAAUCUGUUAACCAAUGUCUUAUCUGUUUACUCACAGGAAAUAUGUAGAAACAAUGUAAAUAUACCAGGCCAUAUACCUGAAAUUGGUGUAAAUAAAAUUAGUAAGAGCAAUUUAAGUAAUAAAUCUCAUUCCCAAGAGAUAAAGGCUCUCUGUAAAGGACUUGAAAAGGGUUUUCAGAUUACAAAUAAUAAUUAUCUUGCCAUUGCAAGGAAGAGACAAUACUUUGAUGGUACAACAGCGUCUGUUUGUUUAAUAUAUGGUCCAGAUCCUGUAGAUGGAGAAUUAAAAUUGAUUUUAGCAAACUGUGGGGACUCUAGAAUAAUCCUUGGACGUUUGAACAUUAGCGAAGAUGGUGAAAAUGUAGUAGCGUAUAGACUAACUACAGAUCACCGGCCAUUUAUUAUAGGGGAAAGACAGAGAAUUGAAAAGUUAGGAGGUUAUAUUAAAAAUUGUGAUGGGAUCUGGAAAAUAUUCCCAAAAACGAGAAUUUUAGGAGAUAAGAAAAAUAAUAAACCAAAUAGUAUAAGUGUAUCAAGAAGUAUAGGAGAUUUACAUAUGAAAGAGCCUACAUUGUUGUCUACUUGGGAACCAGAUAUACGUAUUGAAUCUGUUGAUAUGGAUAGAGAUUUAUUUUUAGUUUUAUUGACAAAUGGAGUUAGUGAAUUUUUAAGUGAUGAAGAUAUAGUAAAAAUAACUAAAGAGAAUUAUUCAAAGAAUCCCAAUGAAAUUGCGGAACUGAUUACAAAAGCUGCGGAAAAUAAUGGAAGUAAAGAUGAUAAGACAGCUGUUGUAUUGCUUUUUCAAUGGUCAAUUAGUCGCCAGAUAGAAGGUGUUUAUCGAGAAUAUAAAAAAGAUUGA